AUAUGUUGGUGUGUUCCUUUAAUACUAGCCCUAUUUCACUUUACAAUACAUAUCCAUCUGUUAACACUAUCAAUAGAAUAAUCCUUUCAUGUAGUUACUUUGUCUGUGACUCUUAAUAGCCUGCUUAUAGCCACAUGUAAGUCUUUAUGAUGUAUGUAAUCAUCUUGUAUCACUGUGUUGGUAAAAUAGGGAACAGGAGUGUGCAAUAGUGGAAGAAUCAUUGAGAUCCUUUACCUAGGCUACAUGAAAGUGUCAAUACAACAAUAUAUAUAUAAAAAAUGUGUCAUUACAAGUCAAAGUUCUGCUUUGUUAUUACUGAUGCAUCAGAAGCUCCAAAGUUUAAAUCUACAUAAAAGACAUGAAAUGACAAGAAAUUACAAAUUAAAUUUUCAAUCUCCUGCUGUGUUCGUUUACCACCCAGUAACCCAGAGGUGGAGUGGGUUGUGAUAACAAUAAUAAUAAUAAUAAUAAUAAUAAUAAUAAUAAUAAUAAUAAUAAUAAUAAUAAGUUAUGCAGUUCUGCUUCACAAAUUUGUAUUAAUUUGUUGGCCUCUAAUCUUUCGUUUUGUUUUAUUUGAUCGUGUAAAUGAAACCAUCUAAGAACUCUGGGAAGAGAAAUCAUUCUUUGGUAGAACUGCGAACAACUCAUGGACUAAUCUAAAAUAUGACAAGGGGCCCCCAACAAAACACAGAAAAUGACGUUUAAUCUUCAACAAUGUGUUGUAUUUUAUAAGCACAUUGAAUUCUUCUUUUUUUUUUAAAUGUAAAAAUCUAAAUCUGAAAGUAAGUACAGCUGUCAGCUAAAUAUAGUGGAGUAGAGUACAAAAUAUCCCUCUGAAAUGUACUGUAGUGGAAUAGAAGUAAAAAGUAGCACAAAAUGUAAACACUUAAGUUAAAUGCACAAAUAAAUGCACUUAGUUAGGCUAUUUUUUACCACUAGCCUACUAGUGUGACUCAAGUGUUCGAAUAGUGACUUUAAUGCAGUUAAUGGGGUUUUAUGGUAAAAAUAUGAACUUUAUUAUUUUACUUGUUUUGUUGAUUCAGCAUCUUACUGCCUAGGCUACUUUUCACUAGGACAAAUCAAACGUAUUGUCUAUUAUAACCUCUGAUUGUCUUACAAUGCCUCUCCCUUUAAGGCCACUCAGCUGCUGAAGGAGAGCGGCGUUGGUAUUGUUGCAUCUCUGGUCUCCUCCUUCCUUCCUCCCUUCCUCCUCCUUCCCCCUCCCUUCACUCAUCCACCCAUCCGUCCAUCCGUCCACUCCCUCUCCUCUCCACACACGCACACCGAUUUUCGCAUCGCCUCCUCCGGCACAAUGACCAACGAUUCUCCGGAGGAGGAGACCCGAGCUCCGCGCGGCGGAGGAGGAGGAGGAGGAGGAGGAGGAGGAGGAGGAGGAGGAGGAGAAGGAGGAGGAGGAGGGAAAGGAAUCACACGAAGGAACCCAGCGGACGACAAUGUGACCAUCCUGACAUCCUCCAUGGAUUUCCAAAGAGCCGGCCGGAGCCGAGCCAGCAGCAGCAGCAACGACGCCGCCUCGAGCAUCACGUCCUCCCUGGAGCUGAGCAUCCAGACGCGGAUCUUUAAGAUCAUCGUCAUCGGGGACUCCAACGUGGGCAAGACGUGCCUCACCUUCCGCUUCACCGGGGGGAGCUUCCCCGACAAGACCGAGGCCACCAUCGGCGUGGAUUUCAGGGAGAAGGCGGUGGAGAUCGAAGGGGAGACUAUCAAGGUGCAGGUAUGGGACACAGCAGGCCAGGAGCGCUUUCGUAAAUCCAUGGUGGAACACUACUACCGCAACGUCCACGCAGUGGUCUUUGUGUACGACGUCACCAAGAUGACUUCCUUCCGCAACCUACAGACGUGGAUAGAGGAGUGUAAUGGCCACCGGGUGUCAGCAUCAGUACCUCGAGUCCUGGUGGGAAACAAGUGUGACCUCGUGGAGCACAUACAGGUGCCCUCCAACAUGGCGUUGAAGUUCGCCGACUCCCACAACAUGCUGCUGUUUGAGACGUCGGCCAAGGACCCGAGGGAGAGUCAGAACGUCGACUCCAUCUUCAUGUCGAUCGCCUGCCGCCUGAAGGCCCAGAAGUCCCUGCUCUACAGAGACGUGGAGAGAGAGGACGGGAGAGUCCGACUCACACAAGAGACUGAGACAAAGAGUAGUUGUCCUUGUUGAGGAAAAGGAGGAGUGGGAGGCAUAAUGGAAGGGGAAGAGAGAAGAGUAACUGUGCAUGUGAAAAAAAAGGAGGAGGAGAGGGAGGAUGGGAGAGUGAGUGUAAAAACAAGUCUUUUAAAUUACGUGCAACUUUUCCGGUUUUGGAGGAGGAAUGGGGCUGACACUAAAGAGCAAUGUGUUUCAAGGAAGAGGAUGGAGGAGGAUAGGGUGGAGACAGAGGGUGCUGAAGAUAGAGAGAAAAGAGAACAAAAGGGAUUCAUUAACCAUUCAGAAAUGAGUCGAUGUUGCCUUUUAGACUACGGCGUAGUGUAGAAAUGCUUCCAUCUUUUCAAACGUAGACAGAAACUGAGUGAAUAUACUUUCAGCGUGCCCAGUGCACAGGCAACCAAAACACAAGAGAUGAGUCAUUUGGGGAUUUACAACAAACAGUCUUGAUGCGAGGCUGGUGUUUCUGUUCAUGACAGCCAUUACUAACAGCAACAUUCUGGGGCAACGUAUCUGAACAUGGUCUCAUUUUUUGUUGCCUUGUCCCGAUUGAUUUUCAUCCACAUCCUAGCUGAAAGCAGUAUUUCACAACCUAUGUCCACUGCCUUAAAAAAAGCUGCCUCUGUCUUGGUUUUAAGAACUCAGUCAGGCAAAAAUAGCAUAGAGGUUUCAAGUGGUUUAACCUACUCGGUGAUGACUGAAGGACUCUUUUUUUCUUCUUUUUUUUUCGAAUUUUCCGAUAUCUAUCUGAGUCAAUCCUUCAAGAGCAGGACAGUCGACUUCAAAUCACUGUGAGAUCAUAAAUACAAGGGAUGCAUCGGGAAACACUUCCUAGACAAACGUAAUGUAGAUAAAAUAUGGGGCAAAAAGAAAUACCAGGUUAGCUCGAAGGACCUAUUCAGGAAGACCUUGACAACAAGGUUUCCUGAAAAAAAAAAACCCGGAGCAUCUAGGCUAGAGGUUGUCAGGCAGCGUGUCACAUAUUGAUUUAGAGGCUGUAAAAGAUCCUCUUACCCUCAUGCAGGAGAAAUGCACUCCGUCAUCUAGCAUCUAAUCCUGACGUAAACAUAUCCCCUCUAUGCUAACCUUCUGCCACAGUGGCUUAUCCAGCUUUCCCUUUGUGCGCAAAUGCAAAAACACCCAGUUUUUCUGGGUGACUUCAAGAUAGCCAGUACAGGAGGCUGUUAUCAUGAACCAUUCGUACAUAUAGUUACUAAAAGUAAUGCACCGUAAUUCGUAUGUAUUCCACAGAUUUAUUGCUGUGUGCACCACAGUAACUGCCGCUGUAUAAGACUGCUCUGGUCCGCGUGGGGAGGAAGUCGGGGUGGAUGGGUGGUCAUAAAAAACAUGGCUUUCAAGCGGGGGAGUGGAGUUCGUGUCCUGGGGAAGAAACACAGGACUUUCACCCAAGAAACGCGUGUUUUUGUCCUGGGAGUACUACUUUAAGGGACCGUUUUAAUCCAAACCUGUAUCUUAUUUCAAUUAUUAACUAGUCAUUUUGGUGCCUAAACUUAACCGCACAACGGUCCCUUUUUGGUCGACUAAACUUAACUGCAACAGCCUCUGAAAUGACCGGGCACCUCGCGAUGACCGGUACCCGCCUCCCAGUAAUCUUUUCUUGGCCAAAUGUAACUGUGAAGACCGCUAAACUUAAAGGAAUACGCCACCGUUUGUUGAAAUUAUCACGGUCUACCCUGGCUGUAGAUAGGUGGGCCAACGCAUUUUUUGUCUCAG